AUGAGUAAUGUGAAUGCUGAAGAUCUUCAGAAUGACCCUAAGGUGGACAUGAUUUUUGAUACUGAAGAAGAGGCCUAUCAGUUUUACAAUAAUUAUGGGAGAAGGAUGGGUUUCAGUAUUAGGAGACAAUAUGUACAUCGAAGCAAGUCAAACAAGUCAAUCAUAACUUCAGCUAGGUUUGUUUGUAGUAAACAAGGAAUUAAGAAACAAGUAUCUGAAACAAAAAAUCCUCAGAAAGAAACAAAAAUCAAUUGUCUUGCACGGAUGGGAAUUAAACUAAUGGAUAAUGGGCAAUAUUGGUGUCAUGAUGUUGUUGAAGAUCAUAAUCACCCUUUUCAAACUCCGGCUACAGCAUAUAUGAUGAGAUCACAAAGGAAACUUUCAAAGGCACAUGCUGCUGUGAUUGAUUUGGCCGAUGAUUCUGGUCUUAGACCUAAGGCAAUAUUUGAUUACAUGGGUAGGCAGGCAGGAGGUGUAGAAAAUCUUGGGCACACGAAACUAGAUCAAAAAAAUUAUCUUCGGACCAAACGGCAACGAGACUUGGCUCAGGGUGAAGGAGGGAGUUUGUUAAUGUAUUUUGAGAAACAAACUAGGGAAAAUCCUUCUUUUACAUACUCAUUACAGUUGGAUAGUGAUGAAAAGAUUGCAAAUGUAUUUUGGACUGAUCCAAGGAUGAUCAUAGACUAUGCAUUGUUUGGUGAUGUGGUUACAUUUGAUACUACAUUUGACACCAACAAAGAAUACAUACCAUUUGGUUUAUUUGCUGGAUUCAAUCAUCACAGGGGAGUUGUAAUUUUUGGGGCUGCAUUGUUGUAUGAUGAGACAGUUGAUUCAUUCAAGUGGUUGUUUGAGACAUUCCUUGAAAUACAUGGGCAUAAAAAACCCAUAACAAUUUUUACCGACCAAGAUGCUACAAAGGCCAAGGCAAUCCAAGAAGUGUUGCCUGAGACAUGGCAUUGA